AUGAAAACACUGACUAAAGACAAAAAAAACUUCACCUUAACUCCCUUCAUUUAUCUGUUAUUUUAGGGUUUCAUCAUUAUGACCUCACUGGCAUUUGAUUGACAUAUCUGAAAUAUUUUUCUCACCUGAUAUGGAUAUACAAGAGCUUUAGUAGUUUUUUUUUCUUCCAAACAUACAACCACUGAGCAGACUAUCAGAAGUGAAGUUUUUCUUUUUUUUUCUUUUUUGAGGAACAAGUGUGCAGAAAAAUUGUCACAAUGGCACUGGACACAGAGUUUGGUGUGAAGGGCAGCAGCAUCAUCAGGGAAUGGAGUGGACAGGUCCAGCCUGCUCUGGUUGCCUCCUUUGUUUUCCUCUUCUGUCUGGAAGCAUGUCUGUGGGUCAGGAACCUCAGGCUCAAGAGAAGACUGCCGGGACCCUUCGCCUGGCCCGUGGUGGGCAACGCCAUGCAGCUGGGCCAGAUGCCUCACAUCACCUUCGCCAGGCUAGCCAAAAAAUAUGGCAAUGUGUACCAGAUACGACUAGGCUGCAGUGAUAUUGUGGUUCUCAAUGGAGACAGGGCGAUACGUGAGGCUCUGAUACAGCACAGCACAGAGUUUGCAGGCAGACCAAACUUUGUCUCUUUCCAGAUGAUCUCUGGAGGCAGGAGUUUGACAUUUACUAAUUACGGCAAACAGUGGAAAGCACACAGGAAAAUUGCCCAGUCAAGCCUCAGAGCCUUUUCCUCUGCAAACAGUCAGACCAAAAAAGCCUUUGAGCAACACAUUACAGCUGAGGCCAUGGAACUGGUGCAGGUAUUUUUGCGGCACAGCACUGAUGGACGCUAUUUUGACCCUGCGCAUGAAUUUACAGUAGCUGCUGCUAAUAUCAUGUGUGCUCUCUGCUUCGGUAAGCGAUACGGGCAUGAUGACCUGGAGUUCAGGAACUUGUUAAAAAGACUGAACAAGUUUGGAGAGACAGUAGGGGCAGGUAGUCUGGUAGAUGUCAUGCCCUGGCUUCAAUCCUUCCCCAACCCAGUCCGCAGUGUCUAUGAAAACUUUAAAAACCUCAAUGAGGAGUUUUUUGCCUUUGUGAAAGAUAAAGUGGCACAGCACCGAGAGUCCUUUAGCCCUGAUGUGACCCGGGACAUGAGUGACGCCAUCAUCAAUGUGAUCGAGCAUGGAAGAGACAGCGGGCUGACCAAAGACUUUGUCGAAGCAACAGUGACAGAUCUAAUCGGAGCAGGUCAAGACACAAUAUCAACUGUCAUGCAGUGGAUCGUCCUGCUCCUUGUCAAAUACCCAGACAUACAAGUCAAAAUGCAGCAGCUCAUAGACAAAGUGGUGGGCCCAGACAGAUUGCCAUCAAUUGAGGACAGAAGCAACCUGGCAUAUGUGGACGCCUUCAUCUACGAGACUAUGCGCUUUACCAGCUUCGUCCCCGUCACCAUCCCACACUCCACAACCUCAGACGUCACCAUCGAGGGUCUCAACAUCCCCAAGGACACGGUGGUCUUCAUCAAUCAGUGGUCUGUCAACCAUGACCCUCUGAAGUGGAAGGAUCCCCACAUUUUUGACCCCACACGGUUCCUUGAUGAAAACGGCGCCCUUGAUAAAGACACAAUCAACAGUGUAAUGAUUUUUUCAACAGGUAAAAGACGCUGCAUUGGCAACCAGAUCGCCAAGGUAGAGGUGUUUUUAUUCACAGCAGUGCUGCUGCACCAGUGCAGCUACGAAAGCGACCCCUCUGAGCCCCUCACUCUUGACUGCUCCUACGGGCUCACACUGAAGCCCCUCCGAUUCUGUGUCAGCGCCAAGCUCAGGGGAAAGCUGCUUGGCUUAGUUUCCCCAGCAUGAACAGCAUGUCCUAAUACUGUGACUCAAGGCCAGCAAACACUUUUUCACCGAUGACAUUUAACAGUGAGUAUCAGCAUACCUGCACUAAAUCCUUUUGUAAGAUUCCAUAUUUAAUAAUGAUAUUUAAUGGAAACUUUAACAUGGUCUAUAUUUGAAUUAUUGUUGGUGCAGGGCUGAGAAUAUGAUUUCAAAGAUGUAUCAUUCGCUGCAGGUAGAAUUCAAGCUUGUGGACUGUUGGGAUCAGUGCAAAAAUUAUUACAUUUCUGUUCCACAAAAUAUUCUAUACUUGAUCAGAUUUUGUACAUAAUUGUUUAAUUCUGAGUUUUGUGCUUGUUUUACAUCCACUGUUGAGCAUGUACAUGUAUGAUGUCGAGGAAUUAGCUGCAUCCCUUAAAUGUCAGUUUAAACUAAUAGAACUAUAUGAAAUGCUUGUGAAUGUUAUCAAGUCACUUGAUGACUUAUGGUUCAAAAUGUUAUAUGUAAGAAUAUAUUUAACCUUUGCCACAUAAAGCAGUUACAGAAUAUUUUUUUAUUAUUAUUUCAUAUUUCGGGUAUGACAAUAAACGUAAUGAAGUUUAAUGUAUUUCACUAUCUACUGUACUCCAAGCAUAUGAACACAUUAAACCAAGAGUGCUGAUCAAAGGAGGGAAAAAGGCUGGCAUAUUUGUGACGGUGGAAGCCUUUCACCCAGGAGCAUCAAUCACAGUCUAAAGGACGAAGAAGAGACUUUGCUGUGGACCGUGAACACUUCACAAACUUCAUGUAUUCAGGGUUCACUUUUACUGUACAAGCACUGCAGCUACCCCGUGCCAAACCCAAGUCUCACCAAUUCAAAGAAAACAAGUGCAGUAUUUUAAUUUUUUUCACUCAUGAGGCAUUCUCAAAAAUAUGUUUGUUUACAAGGUAACGUUUUCAAAGCUACAUGGAUGUCACUGCACACUCUUUAAGCUUCUGUAUUCAGGAAUUGAUGUUAUAAUGGCCAAGGGAUGUGUUUCCAUGUCUGUGUCAUGGCAACAGUUCAAAACUCAGUGGGCCUUGAAUGUUAAGGCAUUUGUCUAAAAGGGUAUUUUGUAUCAGUGUGUUGGCAUUAUAUGAUGGAAAAAUAAGCUAUAUCUGAAAUGAAUAAAGUAAA